AUGCCUGCUGGAUUUCAACCGCCUAAAUUUCAACAGUUCAAUGGAAAAGGCAGUCCAAAACAACAUGUAGCCCAUUUCGUCGAGACCUGCAAUAACGCUGGAACCUAUGGUGAUUUGCUAGUCAAACAAUUUGUUCGGUCCCUGAAGGGCAACACAUUUGAUUGGUACACUGAUUUCAUACCGGGGUCCAUCGACAGUUGGGAACAACUGGAGCAAGAGUUCUUGAAUCGCUUUUACAGCACUAGAAGAACCGUUAGUAUGCUGGAAUUGACUAAUAUUCGCCAAUGGAAGGAUGAACCUGUGGUCAACUACAUCGAUAGGUGGAGGAGUUUGAGUCUUAACUGCAAAGAUAGACUGUCUGAACCCUCUGCCAUAGAAAUGUGCAUCCGAGAAAUGCAUUGGAUCUUAAGUUAUAUUCUACAAGGUAUACGUUCAAACACAUUUGAAGAAUUAGCUACUAGUGUUCAUGAUAUGGAAUUAAAUAUCAUGGCCAAUGCAACUGAUGGGUUUCCUAUUCAAGCUCCGCGAGUGCAACCCCAUCGUCAAAGCAAUGAAAGACAAGAAAAUAAAAAAGGGGCCAAGCUUCCUUCAAAACUCAGUAAUAAAGAGUCCAUGACAAUAAACACAGCUCUCAUAAAAAUUGCUACCAAAGUGAGCCGAAAGGUCACUGCGAAGUUAGAUUCCUCCCAAAACAAGCCGAUGAGAUGA